AUGGCGUGUUUUAUGAGCGGUGUCAGUCAGGUACCUACUCCUGGUAAAACGAAAGAAUCGAGCCACAAAGAAAAGCACCCCAACGAAAAUCAUCAGAUUUUGAAAGAAAGCAUCGAAAUGAAGAACCAAAUGAACAGUUACAUGUAUUCGCGACAACCUCAGCAACAGCAGCAAGCUCAGCAGCAACAGCAGCAGCAACAACAGCAGGUGCAACAGCAGCAGCAAGCACAACAGCAGCAGGCGCACCAACAUCAAUCGCAACAGCAGCAACAGCAACAGCAGCAGCAACCUCAACACUCCCACCAUAGCCAAAGAGAAGAAGACGUACGUAGAUUUUACGUGUAUUCCGAUCAAAGGAGAAAAGAGCAGCAGAGUGUCCCCGAGCAUAAGAGUAGCUCCGCCCCAAGCAAGAAUGUUCCUUUGCCUCAAAGUCCCAACUUGAAAGCGAAAGAGAUCAAAAUUGAGGACAAAAAGGAGAAGGAAGUGAAGCAAGAGGGGGUGAAACCUACUAUGGAGACGCAAGGACCCCCUCCUCCGCCUACUUCGCAAUAUUAUAUUCACCCAAGCUACAUGCAGCAGGCACACUACGGGGCGCUGCCUUUCGACCCGAAUCACCCCAUGUACAGGGGGAUAAUGGUGCCAGGUCCUUACAGUGGUAGUCCCUAUCUCCACCCCCCAAUGCAGAGGUAUCACGCUCCAGAAGACUUAUCUAGAGCGCAACCUCCGACCAAAGCGCUGGACAUGCUACAGCAUCACGCCCAGUACUACUCGUCUCACAAAAUACACGAAUUGCAGGAGAGGGCCAUCAAAUCGCCGACCCCAAAGACUUCUCUCGCUAGUUCUAGUCCUUCGACUAAUAAUAGUGGCCCUCCUCCCAUUCAGGCGUCGCCCCAGAUGAACGGCCCGCCCACCUCCCAGCCAGCGAACGCCGUUCCCUCUAGUGGCAAACAGACUCCCGGUGACAACGGCAAAGAUUCCCGCUCUCCCCCUCCCCAGAGACACGUGCACACUCACCACCACACGCACGUCGGUCUCGGAUACCCCAUGUAUCCUGCUCCGUACGGAGCUGCCGUGCUAGCGAGUCAACAAGCAGCUGCAGUGACGGUGAUCAACCCGUACCCGACCAAAUGAGUGCCCGGACUGAAGGAACGGCUUCCUAGUGAAUAAAGCAUUCCAUAGUUUUUCUUCUCUAAUUGAAUAUUGUGCACCAUGCUGUCGAUGUAGCCCCCCCAGUGACAUUUGUUUCUAGGGCGAAUCUCUAGAUCAUCUGGCGUUAUGUCAAUUUGGAACAGGGUUAGCGCUUUUUUUACCCGCUUUCGGAAUAUGUCGGUGCCAAUCAGAAGCUUUGGUUUUGCAAGUUGUAAAUAUAGAGAUUAAGUCGAUACUUA